GCGAUCUCCUCUCCAUUCGAAGAAAGAGGACAACCCUCAGCUAUACAGAUUUACGCCACAUGCACCAUUCUACCGGAACCCACUCGGAUAGGGCACUAGUACUUGCCCUCCUGUUCAGGCACACAGCCUCGAGCGCAAGCGCUGAUGGCCCUAUAUAGGAUUUCUUCCGUCCAGAACCGGGCGGUUCCGAUAGUUGGUAGUAAACUCGUGCUUCGCGCUCACCCCGCGAGCGGCAAGAGACACAUGAUUCGUACCCCAAUUGUUCAUCUAGGAAAGAGCAACAAACCCACCCAUGGUUGUGAGGCCAGCCUGCGUAGACGCUCGAGAUGUGCCCUAUCAUGCCCAAUAGGGGAGCGCUUGUUCGUCCUUCCGAGGGAUAAUCGCCGCUCGUCCGCUGAGAGUGGUGGAAGAGGGCGGCCUGCAGAAAGGUACAACUUCUCGUCCCAGUCAAGAGUUGAAUCCAACCGUAUUGUUUCAAGGACCCCACUAUGGCAAGCGGAGCUGGCGACGCCGCGUCUACCACUGAAAUCCCAUUGAUAGACACGACAGGGGCAUUCACGUUCAGCACAAUAAUUGGCAACUGGACCGCGACUGCACUAUGACACACAGGCUUGUCAGUCGCGCUCUUCUACAUGACGUUGAACAUCAUGUGGAGUCGGCGAAAUCGAGGUGUCAACAUCUUCCUCUCCGUUGCGAGCGUGCUGCUCUUCGCGAUAACCACGACGAGCAUCGUCCUAGAAUGCAACCAUAUCCUUAUCGGACUCUUGUAUACCCCGGGCAUGGGGAAGGAUAUAUACUUCGAGAAUGUUGGGAAUCCGGUGCAGGUCGCGGAGAGCUCGAUCGCGCUCUUCGUCAUUAUCAUCGGCGAUGGGAUCAUGCUGUAUCGCGUCUGGAUGGUAUGGGGAAGACGCUGGCAGUUCGCUGCCUUUAACGUCUUGUUAUGGCUUGGGACAAUCGCUUGCAGCAUACGCACUGUUCAGCUCCAAGCUGCAUACAUGGGCGACCAGACCAACAUCGGCAUCUUGAUCGAUGAAGACAACUGGACGAUCGCGACUGUCGUACUCAGUUUCUCGCAAACGACGGUCGCAAUGGGAUUGAUCACAUAUCGGAUAUGGACGAUCGACAGAGCCAGUCGGCAAGCGAAAGGCGACGCAAGUUUGCUGCCUGUGAUCAAGAUCGUCGUCGAGAGCGGGAGUGUGUACAUGGUCUUCCUACUUGCAUAUCUUGUUGCCCUUGUACUGCAGAGUCCUGCGCUCCUAUUCCUGAACCAGGUUACAUCCCCUAUCACCUCUAUUAGCUUCUUCCUCAUCAUGGUCCGUGUCGGGCUAAGCAAACAGGGCACUUCACAUACGACAAAUCCAGUUCCCAACCCAGCCAGCUCAUGGGCAGCAUCGUCGUCCAUCAAGAAUGGAUGUACCGCCGAGAUGAUAACAGAGAUGAACUGAUGGAGAUGGAGGACGGGCAGGGGAUGAGGAUGAAACAGUUGAAAGAAACGGAUUACCUAACUGAGGAGGAACGACCAUGAGCGACGGACAUGGAUGGUCG